UGGAAAAGGCAUCGCUGGAUGGCUCAGAAGGCAAGCAAAGAUCUCCGGCGCCCAGUCUGAGCACGGCGCUGGACGAGUGCAUGGCCGCCCUGGACCUAUUCCUGACCAACAAGUUCUCGGCCGCCCUGACCUGCCUGGAGCCCAGAAUCAAGCAGAGUAUGUACCACUCUCUGACCUACGCUACCAUCUUGGAAAUGCAAGCCAUGAUGACCUUCGAUCCCCGGGACAUUCAGAGCGCCAGUAACAUGAUGAAGGAAGCCCAGAGCCUCUGCCAGAAGUACAGGAAGAAAGCCUCCGUAGCCGAUUCCUUCAGCAGCCUCGUGCACCGACAGAGCUUAGAACAGUUCACUGAAGAGGAGAUUCACGCAGAGGUUUGCUACGCUGAGUGCCUCCUGCAGAGAGCAGCGCUCACCUUCCUGCAGGAUGAGAACAUGGUGAGCUUUAUCAAAGGGGGCAUCAAAGUCAGGAGCAGCUACCAGACCUACAAGGAACUGGACACCCUCGUCCAGUCUUCCAGCUAUGCCAGAGGAGAAAACCACCACCACUUCGAGGGCGGAGUGAAGCUGGGCGUCGGAGCAUUCAACCUGACGCUCUCCUUGCUGCCCACCAGAAUCCUCCGACUGCUGGAGUUUGUUGGCUUUUCUGGGAAUAAGGACUAUGGGCUGCUGCAGCUGGAGGAGGGUGCUGCUGUUCACAGCUUCCGGGCUGUGCUGUGCACUAUGCUGCUGCUGUGCUACCACACCUUCCUGAGCUUCGUGUUGGGUACCGGCAACGGCAACGUCGAAGAGGCUGAAAAACUGCUCCGGCCCUACCUGGGCCGGUAUCCCAAGGGGGCGGUGUUCCUGUUCUUCGCCGGCCGGAUCGAGGCGCUGAAAGGCAGCAUCGACACCGCCAUCCGACGGUUCGAGGAGUGCUGCGAGGCCCAGCAGCAGUGGAAGCAGUUCCAUCACAUGUGCUACUGGGAGCUGAUGUGGUGCUUCACCUACCAGCGCCAGUGGAAGAUGGCCUACUUCUACGCCGACCUGCUGAGCAAGGAGAACUCCUGGUCCAAGGCCACCUACCUGUACAUGAAAGCCUCCUACCUCAGCAUGUUCGCCGACGGCGACCACAAGCCCUUUGGCGACAAUGAAGUGGAACUGUUUCGAGCCGUGCCCGGUCUGAAACUGAAAAUCGCCGGAAAGUCGCUGCCUACGGAGAAGUUUGCCAUUCGGAAGUCUCGCCGCUACCUCCCUUCAGAUCCAAUCCCGCUGCCCGUUCCUGCUCUGGAAAUGAUGUACAUCUGGAACGGCUACGCCGUGAUCGGGAAGCAGCGGGCCCUGACCGAGGGGAUGCUGGAGAUCCUCAACCAGGCCGGAGAGGCGCUGGACAGAGCCCCAGCGUCCGAGUUCUCGGCCGACGACCGGUGCAUGGUGAAGCUGUUGAAGGGGUUGUGCCUCAAGUAUCUGGGCAACGUGGCAGGAGCAGAAGAGUGUUUCUUGGCCAUCCACGCAGCGGAGAAGAAGAUUAAGUAUGACCACUACUUGGUCCCAAACGCUCUCCUGGAACUUGCUCUCUUAUUCCUGGACCAAGGCCGCCACGAGGACGCCGUAAAGCUCUUGGUGUCGGCAAAACAGAACUACAAGAACUACUCCAUGGAGUCCCGGACGCAUUUCCGGAUCCAGGCGGCCCUGCUCCAAGCCCGACCGGCCGCCCCCUCGGCCCCCGCCUCGCCGGACCCGUCCGCCUGGUCCGGGAGCGGCGGGGCCAAGCCCACGCUUCAGCACUGACCCGUCUGCCUGGCCCAGACCCCGGGGCCCGGGGAAGGUCUCCCCACUAAGGAUGGCGGGACGGGCCGCGGCCAAGCAGUCCCCCUGUGACUACCACCAAGAUUGAAAUCGCCAAUGGUUUCCAUCAGCAGGACUGUGGUUUUUAAAGACUCCUUUAAAGAGUGGAUGUACAAAUGUGUGUUUCUAUCCCACUUGGGGUAAACACAGAUUUACAUU